CCUUCAUCCACCAGCCGCUCCUCGAGCACCCCCGUCCCGCGCCGCCUCCGGCUCCGGCGAGAUGUCACGCUUCGGUCGAUCCGGCCCGCCGCCGCCGAUCCGCGACACGUACUCACUCCUCGUCCUCAACAUCACCUUCCGCACAACUGCUGAUGACCUCUUCCCUCUCUUCGACAAGUACGGCGAGAUUGUCGACAUCUACAUCCCAAGGGACCGCCGGACUGGUGACUCGCGCGGAUUCGCGUUCGUGAGGUACAAGUACGAGGACGAGGCACAGAAGGCAGUUGAAAGGCUCGAUGGGAGAUUGGUAGACGGGAGGGAGAUCAUGGUGCAGUUUGCCAAGUACGGCCCAAAUGCUGAACGGAUUAAUAAAGGGAGAAUAGUGGAGCCAGUUCCAAGACCAGGGGGGCGUUCCAGGAGUCACAGUCCAAGACGGAGGUACCGUGAUGAUUAUCGAGAUGACCAUGAUAGAGAUUAUAGAAGGCGAAGUCGUAGCCGGAGUAGAGAUAGAUACACCCGUGACAGGUACAGGGAUAGGGAUUACCGCCAUCGUAGCCCGAGUCGCAGCUACAGUCCUGAUGAUUACAAGAAGCGUGGGAGAGACAGUUUGUCACCUGAGCGAAGAAGCCCUCGUCGUAGCCGCAGUCCUGAUGAUUACAAGAGGCGUGGCAGAGACAGUGCAUCACCAGCAAGUAAGAGCCCUAGUCGCUCCCCACCUCGCAAGAUGUCACCUUCUCCUGAGAGAUCUCCCGUCAGGCGCAACAAUGACCGAUCUCCACGCUCUCGGAGCCCAUCGACAUAAGCGCAAUUCACUUGCAAAGCAUCUUGAGUAGCUCAGGAUGAAUGGACUUGCUCUGAUCCUAUGUGUACGCAUUUGCUCGAUGGUGGCCUCUUCUCAGCUAAAGUUGUGUAGUGCCGUCUUUCAGUUGCUGCUUCAACCUUGGAAUACUACUUCUGUUUGGCACCUGAACUGCUUAUCAAAAACUUUAUGUACACCAGUUCCAUUCCACUUUUAACCUUCGUUUUAGCAUUAUCCUAUUAUCAGUUAUCACCAUCUUAUCAGUAUUUAGUACUUACUAUUCAUGGUGACUUGCACCUUUCUAGUUACAUGAUGCAGUGAAGAUGUGCUGGCUGAUAUGCGGUCAACAUGCACGUAGCUUACUGUUGAAGUUGAUAUUAUCUGUGCUGUUUGCGUUGUUGAUGAUGGCUGAUGAGAUGAUUGAUGAUGAUGGCACUGCAGCUGCCUGCACCAUUUGCUGUCUGCACCUAUUAUGCUGACAAGUAAGAUUCCAAUGAUUUAUGCAUCGCCCCAUGCAUCUACAUGCUAUAGGUGUUAACCCCCAUUAUAGUAUUUGGAUUUAGAUGUGUCUGCACUGAUCUAUCAUAGUCCUGUUUUGGGUUUUUGGAUCAUAAGGUCUGCAUGUGCACAAUUAAUCGUUGCAUGCACUGGAUGUGCUGUCAAUUCAUUUCUGCGGUUUGCCAAACAUGUCUUAUCGAGAAUGCAUAAGCGCAUGUCUUAAGCAGGUGAGUAUUAAAGCUGUAUACACACUUGUGACGCAAUUCAAGUUUAUUGACAUGCUUAUGGUCAUAAAAGGGUAUCCUUAUCUGGCUACCCCAACUGUUCUUUGAACAUACCCACGUAGGCUUGCAAGUUAAUGGUUCAUGUUUUGCAUGAAAUACUGCACUAAUGCAUCUAGAGUAGGAAAGGUAUGAUUGCAUGCCGCAUGCGAGUAUUUGUAUUUUUUGGUGCUCGUUACCCUUCUUCAGCAAUAGAAGGCGUGGGAGAGGUUCUAGCAACAGAAUCGCUGACUGGUCGAUUGACCUGGAUCUGAAUGCUGAUGAUUUGCCGCAAAGACUUCGUACCGUGUCAUUUGUGGAGUCCGUCGACCGAUCAAGCUGUGUAACUACCGAUGGUUUUGUAAGACUAGCUUUUGAUCUGUUUGUGUGAAUUACUUCAGCAUUUGGUAGUGCUGUGUUCUUCUCUUUAAAGUACUGGUAAACAUUGACUGUUGGAUUAUUAAUCGGGUCAAAUGUUACUUUGUGCUCAGCCGAAUUAAAUUAUUUAUUUGAUUGUUCUUAGAUAAGUUACGCCCGUAUCAUCUGACCUCCCGGAGGACCAGCGCAGAGGACCAGCGCGCCACGGUCCAGUCAUUCUUGGUGAUUGAUGAUAACCGAUGCUGACACGCAGAUGUCGAAAGCUUGUGGGCACGUGCACGGUGCAGUACCUGUACCAUUGUAUUGUGACAGUGGUGCUGGUGCGAUAAAUUUCUCAGUAUGGACACUGGAGAGGCUACUGGUAGAUGGGCUCGUGGCUCGCAAUCUGCAAAUUGGUAUCCACAUCCGUGUACGACGAAGACGAGGUGUUUGUUGAACAGAAUUGCUGGCCUAUGAACUUGUCUUGGUCAUGUGUCUGACAUUUGUGCUAAUGUUUUAUGCCAUCUUGGCUAAAAAACCCAUUCGUAGCACGAAAGGGUUAAUUAGGGGUCCUGAUUAGCACUCAGAUACAACAAAGCAGGGCAGUUCGCUUGGC